GGCCAGUGCUCCUUGGAGAAAGAGCCCUCUCGCCUGGCAGCUGGACCAAGGGAGCCAGCUUCAGGCACCAGCAGGGCUGCUGGGAAAUCACCACUUUGGGAUCCAUGAGCUGGGCAGGCUAAAGUGGGAAGGAGACAGAAGUGUGGAGGUGUGUCCCGACCAUGGUCCCUGCCUGGCUGUGGCUGCUUUGCCUCUCUGUCCCCCAGGCUCUCCCUGAGGCCCAGCUUGCAGAACGAUACGUAGAAGUCCCGGAAAACUAUGGUGGAAAUUUUCCUUUGUACCUGACCAAGCUGCUGCUGCCCCGUGAGGAAGCUGAAGGCCACAUUGUGCUGUCAGGAAACUCGGGCAUAGCAGCUGAGGGCCUCUUUGCUGUGGAUCCAGAGUCUGGCUUCCUGCUGGUGACAAGGGCCUUGGACCGAGAGGAACAGGCAGAAUAUCGGCUACAGGUCACCCUGGAGACUGAGGAAGGGCGCGUCUUGUGGGGCCCCCAGCUUGUGCUUGUGCAUGUGAAGGAUGAGAAUGACCAGGUGCCCCAUUUCUCCCAGGCCAUCUACAGAGUUCAUCUGAGCCAGGGUACCAGGCCUGGUAUCCCCUUCCUCUUCCUUGAGGCUUCAGACGGGGAUGAGCCAGGCACAGCCAACUCGGAUCUCCGAUUCCACAUCCUGAACCAGGCCCCAGCCCAGCCUUCCCCAGACAUGUUCCAGCUGGAGCCUCGGCUGGGGGCUCUGGCCCUCAGCCCUAAGGGGAGCACCAGCCUAGACCAGGCCCUGGAAGGACCCUACCAGCUGUUGGUACAGGUCAAAGAUAUGGGCGACCAGGCGUCGGGCCACCAGGCCACAGCCAUCGUAGAUGUCUCUGUAGUAGAGAGCACUUGGCUGCCCCUAGAUCCUGUCCACCUGGCAGAGAAUCUCAAAGUUCCAUACCCACACCAGAUUGCGCAGGUACACUGGAGUGGGGGCAACGUCCAUUAUCACCUGGAGAGCCAGCCUCCUGGACCCUUUGAUGUGGAUGCAGAGGGGAAGCUCUACGUGACCAGGGAGCUGGACCGAGAAGCUCAGGCUGAGUACCUGCUCCUGGUGUGGGCUCAGAACACCCGCGGUGAGGACUACACAGAAGCUCUGCAGCUGCAGGUGGUGGUGAUGGACGAGAAUGACAACGCGCCUCUUUGCCCCUCACCUGGUGCCUCAAUCAACAUCCCUGAGCUCAGCUCCCCAGGCACGGAGGUGACUAGGCUGCUGGCAGAGGACCUGGAUGCCCCUGGUUCCCCUAAUUCUCACGUUGUGUAUCGGCUGCUGAGCCCUGAACCUGAGGAGGGGACAGAAGGGAGUUCCUUUGAGCUAGACUCCACCUCAGGCAGUGUGACACUGGGACCUCGUCCCCUCCAUGCUGGUCAGAACUUCCUGAUUCAGGUGUUGGCCGUCGACCUAGGAGGAGCAGAAGGCGGCCUCAGCAGCACGUGUGAGGUUGCUGUCACAAUCACGGACAUCAAUGACCAUGCUCCUGAGUUCAUCACUUCCCAGAUUGAGCCCAUAAGCCUCCCUGAAGACUCAAAGCCUGGGACUCUGGUGGCCACACUCAUGGCCACUGAUGCCGACCUUGAGCCUGCUUUUCGCCUCAUGGACUUUGCCAUUGAGGCAGGGAAUAUGGAUGGGACCUUUGGCCUGGAUUGGGAGCCAGAUUCUGGUCAUGUCCAACUACGACUCCUCAGGAACCUCAGCUAUGAGGCAGCUCCAAGUCACAAGCUAGUGGUGGUGGUGCGGAGUGUGGCAGAACUGGUGGGGCCAAACCCGGGCCCUGGAGCCACAGCCACAGUGACUCUGCUGGUGGAGAGGGUGGUGCCACCCCCCAAGUUGGACCAAGAGAGCUACGAAGCCAGUGUCCCAGUCAGCACCCCAGCCGGCUCCCUCCUACUGACCAUUCAGCCCUCAGACCCCAUGAGCGGUCCCCUCAGGUUUUCCCUGGUCAAUGACUCAGAAGGCUGGCUCUGCAUCAAAGAGGUCUCCGGGGAGGUGCACACGGCCCGGCCUCUGCAGGGAGCCCGGCCUGGGGACAGGUACACAGUGCUCGUGGAGGCCCAGGAUGCAGGCGAGCCGACACUGAACACCUCUGCGACACUCGUGAUCCACUUCCUGAAGGCCCCUUCUGCCCCAACUCUGACCCCGGUGCCUAGUCGACACCUCUGCACACCCCGCCAGAACCAUGGCGUGGUUGUCAGUGGACCCAGUGAGGACCCUGACCAGACCAAUGGGGACAGUCCCUACAGCUUUGCCCUUGGUCCCAACCCUACGGUGCAGCGAGAUUGGCGCCUCCAGGCUCUCAAUGGUUCUCACGCCUACCUCACCCUGGCCCUGCAUUGGGUGGAGCCAGGUGAACACGUAAUCCCUGUCGUUGUCAGCCGCAAUGGUCGGAUGUGGCAGCUCCAGGUCCGAGUGAUCGUGUGCCGCUGCAACAUGGAGAGGCAGUGUAUGCGCAAGGUGGGCCGCAUGAAGGGCAUGCCCACGAAGCUGUCGGCGGUGGGCAUCCUCGUGGGCACGCUGACAGCAAUAGGCAUCUUCCUCAUCCUCAUAUUCACCCACUUGACUCUGGCAAGGAAGAAGGACCUUGAUCAGCCAGUGGACAGCGUGCCCCUGAAGGCAGCGAUUUGAAUGGUCCAGGCAGCCCCAGUUGGGAGGUUGGCCUCUAGCUCCAUCUGAAUCCACUGGGAGAGGACCCAGCACUACAGCUCCAAGGGGAGCAGGACAGAACAGAAGUCCCUUCACCUGCCCUGGGGUGGAGGCAACACCACCAGACAUGUCUGCACACUGGCUUUAUGGGCUGCCC